CAUACUCGUAGUCUCGAGCAUCUCUUACUAGCAACUUUCCCUCCAUUAUGAGCGCACAUUAGAGGUGAUUAUGCAAUAAUUCUCCAUUACUCUAUUCGUUUUCUAUUCUAGUCGCGCGUUGACGGGUGGACUUUGCCAGUAGAAUAGUGCACGACGAACAUUCAAACGCGCCGCGCGCAGUUUUGCGCGUUCCUCGCUACCUCGAGUAACCUACAAACUAAAAUCGAAAAUGUGCCAUUGCCAGAGACACUGGACGCCAGCCCGCAAUCGCAUCUAGCCACAUCAAGCACAAAAGGGCAUACAAUUCCCGCUGUCGUCAUUGUCGGGUUACGCGCUUGCAAGAUUCGUCCAAGUUACGCACAAUUCAGCAAGAUGGUUGACACCACACAGUCUUCACAAGCCUCAACCAACAAUAUCAAGAUUCCCUAUGAUAUCAAAUGGGUUGUACCAGCAAUGCGACAUCCAACUCGCCUCUGGCAUUUCGCCAGUGCAAUCACGCUCUCCCUGGUCGGAAUAUUUAGCAAAAUAGUCAUAAAGUAUUUCAGCAGUGCCAAAGUGUAUAAUAGAAAGAAUAUUCUCAAAGCAAUUGAUGAGAGACCUGUGGAUGUUCCACUUAUCACCGUAUCCAAUCAUCAUUCAUGUUUUGAUGACCCAGGUAUAUGGGGCACAUUAAACUGGAGAAAUGUAUUAAGACCACACAAAAUGCGAUGGAGUUUAGCAGCACAUGAUAUUUGCUUUACAAAUUCCACACAUUCACAGUUCUUCAUGUGGGGGCAGUGCAUUCCAGUGGUAAGGGGCGCAGGUGUCUUCCAACCGGCGGUUGAUCUCUGUGUGGAUUUGUUACGAAGAGGUCACUGGGUACAUGUGUUUCCCGAAGGUAAAGUAAACAUGACGAAAGAAAACCUGCGAUUGAAAUGGGGCGUUGGCCGCAUGAUUUACGAAAGUCCUGUUACACCAAUCAUUGUACCAAUUUGGCAUAUUGGUAUGGAUGAUCUGUUGCCCAAUGAACCACCGUAUUACUUCCGUUUAGGGAAACAGAUCACAUUCAACUACGGUAAACCGCUUGAUCUCGGCGAUGUCGUGAAGCGACUUCGUGCACGCAAUGCCUCCGAUGAAGAGGCGCGCAAGGAAAUCACCGACAUCAUCCAGCACGAGCUGAUGAAGCUCAAGGCAGAAACAGAAGGUUUGCAUAAUGAAUACUUUAAGAUCAAGUCGUUAUAGUCGGCACCCAGCUUUGCAUUUUGCAUUCGAGAAUUGGUGCUGUGAUACCGAACAGGAACGUUUUCAUCUUCCACCCAAGAAACGUUGGUUUAACCGUUUAAAUCAGAGCCACAUUUUCGUGGUUGUACUGUCUGAUUUAGGCCGUUAUACUUUUCAUGUAUUCAAAAUGAAAUCUAGUUAGUUAUGCGACUUGCUACCUCACAAUAGUCAUUUGAAUAAGUAGCGAUAUAUCAUUCAUUUAUGCGUGCGCGUUCGUUGAGUUAUCCGCUCGGUAGAUAUUAGCAAAUUAUUUGUAAAUAGAGUGCGGACAAAGUCCAAUGUUUAUUUAAACAUUAUGCACAAUCAUCACACACUAUCAUGAGCAUGAAUUAUUCACCAAAUACAACUUCAAUUCUUGCCUAAAAUUGUUACAAAGGGACCAAAGCCAUCAAAAAUUUAGUUAACAUUAUUCAUUCAUCAUGAAUGGAGGCACUUGCUUGCCUUUAUCACACCAAAUUAUCACCGGAAAGUUUAGAUUUUAUACACGAUCACAACUUUUAUUGUAGUGAUUCUUUCGCCUUUUGUUUUUUGUUUACUCUUUUGUUGAUUAUUUUAUAAUAAAAUUAGUACAAUUUAGUGGCGAGCUGAA